UGCUUGUUAUACGCCGGUUAUUCGGUUGUGUAUUUUGGUACCCACGCGACAAUUAGGAAGUGAUGUUAAACAAAAGCUUAAUUAACGUGUGUGUUUAAAAACAGUUUGACAAGGUGACAAACGGAUAUGUGUUAGGUGGCUUCUGUGUAGAGUGUCCUGAGGGAAGGGCUCCUAAGAUGGGAUUUCGACGGGUUAUUCAAUUGCUGGUGGCGGUUGUUGUACCAGUACUUGGCGAAAUCGAAAUGGAAUUCACAAAAUACCCAGAGUCGGUAACAGCACCAGUUGGAGAUGAAGUGACCUUCGAAUGCGCAGUGCGUGUUCCUGGUGAACGGCUGCAGUGGAGGUGGAGACCAGCAAGUGAUACUGACUGGAACCAUUGGAAGGAGGUAGCUGGCACCAGUGAUAAGGACAGUAUAGCUACCAAACUGGUCGUUGAAGUUAAAGAUGAUACACCAGAUGGCUUUUAUCAGUGCGUGGUGUGGUACGGUGCAAUAAGUUUGGUUUCAAUCCCUGCGAAGCUUUCAAUAGCCAGGAUAGAUUUGAGCCGGAACUUUGCAGAAAAGCGUGUGAUAACAGCGCCUCUUUACAACACGGUUGUGUUGCAUUGUAAGGAACCUUUGUCCGAACCCCCCGCUGUUCUGAGCUGGUGGAAAGAAAAUGGAAAGGGUACAAGGAAACAAUUGGACACACCCUACGGAGUACUAGUUAUUCACAAUGCUACAACUGCUGACGACGGUACAUACGGGUGUACGGCAACCAAUGAACUGAGUGGGCAAAGCGUGGACCUUCCUGAGAGGACGUAUUUGAGGGUACAACAUGAGGGCAAUGGUGGUGUUAGGUUCUUAGAAUCAGAAGACUACGUUGGUACAAAAGAGAAUGAUGUUUUAACAAUGCCAGUUCGACCAGACGAAGUUUUGCGAUUAUGGUGCGGUGUGGUGGGGACCCCCCCUCCAAAGAUCACCUGGACUAAAGAGGGGUCACCUAGCUUACCGAAAAGACACGACCAUGCCCUUACCAUUUCACCUUUCACCUCAGAAAAUGAGGGCAUAUAUUCCUGCUCAGCAAACGGUAUCCGUCGUUCGUGGAAAGCUAUAGCCCUCCAGCCACCACACUGGGAGGGUUCUGUCGGUAGUGUGAACGCGUCUGAGGGGGCCAGUGCUCGCGUGGCGUGCGGGAGACUGUACGGCCAGCCGCCGCCCACCGUGCACUGGCUGUUGAACGCGCAGAUUGUUGGUGGGAAAGGAGUCCAUACUACUGAAUCGGAGUUGCACAUGGAGCGCGUGGAGAAGCGUCACGCGGGCAUCGUGCAGUGCGUGGCGUGCAACGCGCUCGGCUGCGCGUACGACGCCGCCAUGCUCACCGUCGUGCCCGUGCAGAUAUCUGAUGCGGACUAUUCAGCAGAAAUGCCUAAAACAAUGCACAUUCCAUCGCAACCACCAAAGCGUCACAACCGUAAGAACUUACGGAAACAUAAAGCGGUGCUGAUAGCGCCGUCGCGGCCGAACGUGACGCGGCUGUCAGACGAGAGCGUCAUGGUGUCGUGGUCGCACUCCAACCACGGCCUGCCCAUACAGUUCUAUAAGGUCCAGUAUCGCGAAGCAAGUAACUCGUCUGGAGCGCAGUGGCACACGGCUAACUACGAUAUACCCGCUUAUAUACAUUCGUAUGAAAUAGACGGUUUGCUGCCCGACCGAUACUAUAAGUUCCGCAUAGCCGCGGUGUACUCGAACCAGGACAACAAACUCGGUCGCAGCAGCACCAAGUUCUACUUGCAGCGCGGCGCGUCCCGCGGCCCGCGAGCGCCCGCGCUGGACAAGGCCACUGCGUUGUCGCCUCACUCUAUACAGCUCAAUUGGACGUGGUCGAGUGAGGGUGGCGUUGAGGCGGAAGGCUUCUACGUGUACUUCCGAGCUGUUUCCUCAGCUGGAGCAUACGAAAAGGUGACAGUGGGCGGGGCGGCGCGCAGCGUGUCGCUGGCGCACCUGGCGCCCGACACGGCGUACGAGCUGAAACUGCAGGCGUACUCUGCGCAGGCGCCGUCUGACUUCAGCGCUAUACUUGUGGCGAAAACGCAACGUUCCGCAUCAGCGGAGAGCAGCAGCACGGUCGCGCCCGCCGACGACGCGCAGCCGGAGAGCCGCACGCUGGUGACGGCGGGCGGCGCGCUCGGCGCCGCCGCGCUGCUGCUCGUGCUCGCCGCCGCGCUGCUGCUGUGCAAGCGCAGCCGCCGCCACCCCGCCAAGGAGAAAGGAUCCGGCGAGGGCGGCGGUUACAUCGCGGCUAAAGUGCCCAUCACCAUUACGGCCAACCCGAUGCACUCUGAGGGUGGAGACGCAGGAGUAGAAAUGUCCUUCCUCCACAACAACAACUGCGGCAACAACACAAGUAGUGACGACACAUUACCACAUUCAAGGAAAAAUGGACCUUCAAGGCAAUACGUAUAGAGUAUAAAUUCCAUUCGAAUAAGACUGCAAUUAAAAGCUACUAUUUUGGUAGUUAGUCUAUGGUAGUUUGGAGUGUACAUGUGAUAGUGCGCGGAUUUUGACAGUACAAAAAAAAUUAUAUUUAUUUCUAGUUAAAGUGUGGAUGUGGUGUAGCAUUUAUUUAGUUUUAAUUAAUUUUAUUUUCUGACUUUAGUAUUAAGAAAUUGAGCCUGACAUAAAUCUAUAUGUUUUCCUACAUUUUAUACCAAUCACACCCAAAAAAUACCUAAGAGUGUAUGACAUUUACAGGCUUUUUAUUUAUUUAUUUUUCCUCAUUCUGAAUGCAAUAGUAAGUGCCAGGCUGUUUUACUGUAUUUAUAAAGCAUACUCGUUUAUUUAUAUUGUAAAUGCUUUGAUCUGAAUUUAGUUUUAAGCAACAUUCCCGAUUUAAACAUAAAAAUGGUAGUAAAUGGUAGAAUGUCAUUUAUCGAUGCUCAUUUCAAAGCGCAUUCUCGACAGCUGCGGUCGACGCAAAUUAUAUGGAAACUUUAAAAAUUUUCAUAUAAAAAUAAUUAUUGGUGAUUUAGAUUCAAGAAAAUGUAUUGCAACUUUAAUCAAUCGCAAUAAAUAGUCAAGAUGCAUUUAACAGUGCUCAAAAAAUUUAUAUGAAUAUUUUCGUUUAUGUGAACUUAAUUUUAUUUGAAGUUAAUGCAAUUAGAUUAAGUUGGCGGGGUACUUAAUAAAAAUGGCCGAUGCCGCUGUGUUGCAUUUAUUUGUGUUUUAUGAAUGCUAUUUUGAACAAUAACAUUUUAGCGGUUGUGACGAAUGUUAAAUAAACAAUUUUUGUAAUUAUGUGAUGCUUCUUUUUCACUAAAUUUAAUUUAGUCGUACAUGUAAUUCAUGGAUUUUUGUUGUUAAUUCAUUUCCAUCAAUUUUAUUAAAUCGCAAGAAAUAUUGAAAUUUAGUUAUUCACUGUAGUUUUACAUACGCAGGUUAAAUUAGAAAGAUCAUUAUUCGGAGACAUUUUUAAUUAUUUUAUGCGAAUCCGAUUCCGUUUUUCAUAGUUAUAAAUAAUUCUAAUCAGGCUUUGAAUUAUCCAAUAUAUUUGUUAAAGCGCGUUUCGUUCGUUUAAAAUUUAUUUAUUUGUUCCGAGAUACAAAGUGAUCAGUCAAAAUUUGAUUAAAAAGUUUGAAAGUAAGUGAAUUUACAGUAUUCUAACUAAGUAAAAGAAGUCAUUCAUUUAGCCUUUUACAAGUUAUUUAAUAAAGCCUAUUUGAAUUUCAGAACAAAAAGAGCCUAAUAUUUCAUUUCAUUUAAACUUUCAGAUUUAGAAUAAUUUUUCAUUACUUUAGUCUUGAUGCUGUAGCUCGUUUUGCUUUUUCUUAUUAUUUGAAUAUUAUUUGCAUUUGGGACAGUGAAAUAUGGCGACUAAAUUAAAUUUAGUUUAAUAAGAGAAACACUUAAACGAUCUUAAUAAUUGUCAAUGCAAUUUUACAUGCCUACUUUGAAAAAGUAACAUUAUACAUUUAUUAAAAAACUAUA